AAAGAGAGAUUCCCACAAACGAGAAAAAAUGGCUUCUCCCACCACUCUCACAAUAUUCUCACUCAUAAUCCUCUCUCUCGUAUACGCCUCCGCCUCCGCCUCCGCCACAAACCCGGCGGGCAGCUUCAUCAGAAGCUCAUGCAAGGCCACCACAUACCCCGCCGUGUGCGAGAAGUCCCUCUCAACAUACGCGUCAAGCAUCAACAAAAGCCCGCGGCAGCUGGUGAUGACGGCGCUGACAGUGAGCGUCCACACGGCCGAAUCGACAAAAUCAUUCGUGGCGAAGCUCACAAAGUUCCGCGGGCUGAAGCCGAGGGAGCGCUCCGCCAUCAAGGACUGCUUGGAGGAGAUCAGCGACAGCGUCGAUAGGCUCAGCAAAUCGGUGAAGGAGCUCAAGAACUUGGGCCGGGGCAAGGGCCCGGAGUUCACUUGGCACAUGAGCAAUCUGCAGACGUGGGUCAGCGCCGCGCUCACCGAUGACUCCACCUGCUCGGACGGCUUUUCGGGCCGGGCCUUGAAUGGCCGGAUCAAGAACUCCAUCAGGACCCGGAUGACUAAUGUGGCGCAGGUUACUAGUAAUGCGCUCGCGCUCUGUAAUAAGUUUGCGGACAAGUAUAAUUAAGUCGUCUGGUUUUGUGUUUUUAGUUCACAUGUACGAGGUUGAGUUGAGUGAUCGAGUGCUUUUGUUUGUCCAUGUUUAUUUUAGUUUGAUUGUAUGAUAUAUAAUGAUGGCGAUCUCGCCCCAGUUUGUAAUAUAAUGAAAUUAUACCACUGAUCUAUUUAAAUGUACUACUACUAAUUACAGCAA